AAAAAUUUACCACCAUUGCCGCCAGGAUCUGGUGGAGAGAUUAUUACGUGCGCGGCAUCCCAAUCCGGAUAGCCACCCAAUGCAUUUUAUAUCGUCUUGAUCAUUUUUCCCACCGAGGAGCAUUCAGUUGCCUCCGGUAUGGCGACUUGCUGCUGCGGAAGCGUGGAGACGGGAGAGUCCGGAGAACGAGAUCAAGUGUGAGCAGGAGUGAGAGGGAGUGUGCGAGAGAGGCCGUGAUGGGGUUCAAAGGGAAGUUCUUCUCGUCAAAGAAGUCCUCCGACUCUUCCAGCCCUGAUGGGGGCUCGAGCAGCCCCCGACCUAACACUUUCGGUUCGGCUUCCAGAUUCGAGAAGAAGAAGGUCCGAUCUUUUCGGGAAGAGCCUCCUUUAACCUCCUUUAGCAGCGGCCGCCGCACCACCGCUAAGGAUCUGGCAAAGGUUCAGCAGCAGAAGAAGAAGGAGAAAGAGAAGGAGGAGGGGGGGAAUGAGAGUGAUCAGAAGGGGAAGGCGGCGGUCAAGCCCUCGUCAACCAGUGGCGCUUCUUUCUCUCCGAGGAAAAUUUGGAAGGGGACAGGGAAAGUGACGGGCUCGUCGCUUUCACCUAUCCUGGCCUCCUCCCUCGGGUUGAACCGCAUCAAGACGAGAUCAGGGCCGCUGCCGCAGGAGGUUUACCGGGAGAACAGGGUCACCGGAAUUGGCAGCAGCAACCUUAGAAGGGAGGGGAGCUGCUCAACUUCCUCUUCGUCGGCCACGGCUAUGUCGUCCUCUUCGGCUCUUUUAGGAGCUGGGAAGGUCAGCAUGAAGAAGUAUGAUGCUCGGGGGCUGAAGGAGGUUCGAGAGGCGCAUGUCAGCUCGUGGGCUGAUCAAGAGAGGAGUCAGCCUGAUCGUACUCUGCCGAAUGGAGCAACAUUGGGUGCUUCUAUAGGAAAAAAUUACCAGUCUCAUAAAGGUUUUAAGAACGUUGCUAGUCGUGCUUCUGAAGCAGAGCAGUUUCGAUAUGAUUCCUUUGAACCACCAGAAGAGUCUGAAUCUCCUCGUUUUAAAUCCAUAAUGAAGGCAACAAAUGCACCUAGGAAGAGACUUCCUGCAGAUAUUAAAAGCUUUUCGCAUGAGUUGAACUCUAAGGGUGUAAGGCCUUUUCCAUUUUGGAAGUCCCGAAACAUCUAUAACCUGACGGAGGUGUUAAAAGAUAUUCAGAUGAAGUUUGAGAAGGCUAAGGAAGAGGUAAACUCAGAACUAGCUAUUUUUGGGGGUGAUUUGGUUGGCUUGCUGGAGAAGAGUGCAGAGACUCAUCCAGAUUGGAAGGAACCAUUAGAAGAUUUACUGGUGCUUGCCAGGAGCUGUUGUGUUAUGACUCCUGGGGAGUUUUGGAUCCAAUGCGAAGGCAUAGUCCAGGAUUUGGAUGAUCGACGUCAAGCUCUCUCCAUGGGGGUACUGAAGAAGCUCCACACUCAGAUGCUUUUUAUUCUGACAAGAUGCACUAGGUUGCUUCAGGUCCACAAGGAGAGUGUUUUUGCUGAGGAUGAGGUUGUUUUGGACAUUCGACAAUUGCGCUCACUUGAUAAAAAUAUUUCAUCUGGUAAAGACAGUAAAAGCGCCAAUGCUGCAAGGGGUUCUAAAGUGGCUGCUGCUUCGAGGAAGUCUUACUGUCACCAGUAUAAUUUGAAACUGAGAAGUCAGGAGAUAAAACCUUCAGAUUAUUUUUCAACAUUUGAACCUGUUUACUUGAAGGAAGAGGAUUCACCUUCAAGAAGGGAACGCAUUACUUCUUGGAAACCUCUCCCUUCUUCCGUAAAAAAACAGAAAGAAACCAGUUCUAUGGAAAACUCUUCUUUUAAGAAAGUGCAGACAAAAAUUAAGAGAGAAGAUGCAUAUUCUGACAUGGGAACAGUUAAUCCACCUGAGGUAGUUGGUAUUGGAGAUGCAAAUGUGCGUCCUUCUGCUCCAUCCACACAUAAGCACGAUGUUUCCUGGGGUUACUGGAGUGAUCAACAAAAUCUUUCUGGAGAGGGUUCAAUAAUGUGUCGUAUAUGUGAGGAGUACGUUCCAACUUUAUAUGUAGAGGAUCAUUCAAAAAUCUGCGCAGUUGCUGAUAGAUGUGAUCAAAAGGGUUUAAGUGUUGAUGAGCGUCUUCUUAGAAUUGCUGAGACUUUAGAUAAAAUGAUAGAAUCUUAUUCGCAGAAGGAAAUCCCUAAUUCAGCUGGAAGCCUGGAUUUUGCUAAAGUAUCGAAUUACAGUAAUACUGAAGAAUCUGAUGGCCUUUCUCCAAAGCUAGGUGAUUGGUUUAGUAGAGGAUCGGCUGAUUUGAUUGACUGCUGCCAGGAGACUGAUAAUUCGGAUUUCUUGGAUGACUUGAAAAGCCUUCCAUCCAUAUCAUGUAAAACACAUUUUGGUCCAAAGUCUGAUCAAGCAAUGGCUUCCUCAUCUGGUGGUAGCAUGACUCCAAGAUCACCAUUAGUUACACCAAGAAACAACUUUAUAGACAUGCUUUUGGCUUUUAGGAGUGCAAUAUCUGAAAGUGAGGAUCUUCCCCAGAUAGCUGAGCUUGCUGACAUUGCCCGCUGUGUUGCAAAUACGCCUAUUGAUGAAGAGAGGUCUCUAUCAUAUUUGGUCUCAUGGAUGGAAGAUCUGCAAGAGGUUAUCAAUCAUCGGAAGCUCGAGGCACUCACUGUACAGACAUUUGGAACACGCAUUGAAAAACUUCACCAGGAAAAAUACCUUCAGCUCUGCGAUGCAAUUGACCUUGAAAAGUUUGAUGUAACAAAUACUAUAAUGGAUGAGGAAGAUGUAGCGCGUAGCCUACGGGGAAGUCCUGUUCACCCUAUUAAUAAGGACCGCACAUCUAUUGAUGAUUUUGAGAUCAUAAAGCCAAUUAGCCGUGGAGCAUUUGGCCGGGUUUUCUUGGCCAAGAAAAGAACGACAGGAGACCUAUUUGCCAUAAAGGUUCUUAGAAAAGCUGAUAUGAUUCUAAAAAAUGCUGUUGAGAGCAUCUUGGCUGAACGUGAUAUCUUAAUUUCUGUUCGGAACCCAUUUGUGGUGCGUUUCUUUUACUCUUUCACAUCUCGGGAGAAUUUAUAUCUUGUGAUGGAGUAUUUAAAUGGAGGGGACCUAUAUUCGUUGCUACGGAAUUUAGGUUGUUUGAAUGAAGAGGUUGCUCGGAUAUAUAUUGCAGAAGUUGUUCUUGCUUUGGAAUAUCUACAUUCGCUACGAGUGGUGCAUCGAGAUCUGAAACCUGAUAAUUUACUCAUUGCACAUGAUGGUCAUAUCAAGUUGACAGAUUUUGGACUCUCCAAGGUUGGUCUCAUCAACAGUACGGAUGAUUUAUCCGGACCUGCUGUUAGCGGGACAUUGCUGCUUGCAGAAGAUGAGCUUCAAGCGUCUAGAACAGACCACCUGAAUCAGCGAGAAAGACGAAAGAAACGUUCCGCUGUUGGUACACCUGAUUAUCUUGCACCGGAGAUCCUUUUGGGGACAGGACAUGGUGCAACAGCUGAUUGGUGGUCUGUUGGUGUUAUCCUCUUUGAGCUACUUAUUGGAAUUCCACCUUUCAAUGCGGAGCAUCCUCAGAUGAUUUUUGACAAUAUUCUCAAUUGUAAAAUACCUUGGCCCCAAGUACCUGAAGAGAUGAGUCUUGAAGCACAAGAUCUUAUUGACGGAUUAUUAACUGAGGAUCCUCAUCAAAGACUUGGAGCAAAAGGAGCUUCAGAAGUCAAGCAGCAUGUCUUCUUUAAAAACAUUAACUGGGAUACACUAGCUCGGCAGAAGGCUGCAUUUGUUCCCUCUUCAAAUGGUGCAACUGAUACUAGCUAUUUCACAAGUCGCUACUCAUGGAAUCCUUCAAGGGAGCAUAUCAAUGAGGCCAGUGACUUUGAGGAUUCUUCAGACAAUGGCAGCAUAAGUGGUGCCAGUAAUUGCUCAAGCAAUCGUCAAGAUGUGGGGGAUGAGUAUGGUGGCCUCGAGGAAUUUAGUUCUGAAGCAUUUGUGAAUUACUCAUUCAGUAAUUUCUCUUUCAAGAACCUCUCCCAGCUCGCAUUGAUCAAUUAUGAUUUGCUUAGCAAGGGCUGGAAGGAUGGAGAAUCAACACCAGAUUCUUAAUCGUGCUCUCUUAAAGCUAUAAUUUUAUACGAGUGGUGGAACCAUGGGGGAUGACAGCUUUCUCAACUGUACACGGUCGUUGUAAAUAGGUAGGAGCUGAAUCUACAGAUCCAGAGAGCAAUCAUUCGCCCUCUUAUGGAGAUGAAAUGUUUCACAUCUGGAGUUAGGAUUUAGGCCUAUUUUAUAAACUGGCUAAUGAUUUUUUUACUUUGAUUUACAUGCUGAGGAAUUCAGUUAUGUUGUGUAUAUGAAUCCAGUGCUUUAUUGGAAAAAUGAAAUAAAAAAUAAAAAAAAUUCGGUGAGAUUAUUCUGAGUAAA